AUUGGUAAGUUUAGUUUGAAAUUAUUUAUCAAGAAUAUUAAGGUCAUUCAAGUAGGGGUAUUUAUAUGAUAUAUUCUAAACCAGUGGAUUUUAUUUAUCUUUUUCAGCUCUGAUAUUUUGCGGUAAACAUAUGGCGACGUCAGAUUCAAUUGCAGCAUGUUUUUGCGUACUGGAUAUUUUUUUAGAGGAUAAUGUGGAAGAACUGUAUUGUAUCGAUAAAAUGAAUGAUUAUAUAAUUCAUUUACUUAUGAUGCCUCGGAAACACAUUCCCCGUAUUCAGGACUUUGUCGAGGAAACGGUGACAAUGCAUUCCACUGAUGAUUUCAGAACACAUUUUCGACUGAACAGGACAACAGUUGAAAUUAUUUUAAAUAUUAUUGCUCCACGUUUGACAGCAGUCCAUGAUGGGGGCAAGAAGGAAAUAACACCAAAGAAACAACUACUUCUUUUUAUUUGGUAUUUGGCCAAUCAAGAGUCCAUGCGAGAGACUGGCAAUCUUUUUGGUGUGUCCCUUUUAACUGUACACAAGAUAGUUAUUAAAGUUACAAGUGCUUUGAAAGAAGGGUUCUUGAAUGUAAUUCAGUGGCUGGAUCCAGCAGCACAGAACAUAACUGCACAAUUAUUUCAGUUAGCUAGUGGCUUUCCUGGGAUCAUUGAUGUGCUCGAUGGGACUCAUAUUCGAUUAAGUUCACCAAUAGGAGGGGAUUCAGAUUAUAUAAAUCGCAAGGGAUAUCCAUCAAUUCAGUUACAGAUUGUUGUGGAUCACAAUCUGAAGAUUGUAAGUGCUCAUACUGGAUGGCCUGGAUGUGCCGAUGAUGCAUGAGUUCUACGGAACAGUACACUCUUUACAAGAGGUGAAAAUGGAGCACUAGCACCACCAAAUAUGCAUAACAUUGCAGACUCUGCUUACCCUUUAAAACAAUGGCUUAUCACACCGUUUAGAGAC